AUGUCGGUACGGGAACGAGCUGUGGUACUUAUUGAUGGCCCAGCGUUGAUUCACCGUUGGUAUUACCGUUGGUUGUACACUAAUAGAAAUAACCCCGUUGAUGUGAAGCGCUUUGCCAUAACAAAUGCGCGGCACACAAUUGCUAUAGCGCAUAGCUUUGAUCCCAGUCACUUGAUGCAGCACCUUCUCUCGCCGCAGGUGGAGUACACGCAUACACCCAAACAUAACAAGCUAAUUAUAUGUUUCGAUCAAGGUGAUGGCGGCCGUCGAGAGAUUUACCCAAAGUACAAGUUAAAUCGUGAGGGACGAGAAGUAGGGGAAGAGCUUGGAGUCAUACAAAAGGUCGCCACGAAGGUGUUUCUGGGUGAGCCGAAGAAUACGCUUUUAAUUGUACCUCACUUUGACUCGAAGCUCAAGAAUGUGAAUGCCGAAGCCGACGAUAUGAUUUCCACCUUAGCACAACAUACCCAACGAAUUAGAAUUCCCACUGUCAUAAUGUCGCAUGACCAUGACCUGUACCAGCUUAUCGAUGAGGCGAGUAGGUGUUAUUACUACGACAUUCGUACGAAGCAUCUCAUAUCUGAAAAGGGUGUAAUUGAGCGUCUCGGCGUUCACCCAAAGCUCGUACGGGAUUACAAAUGCUUAGCGGGUGACCCUUCUGACAAUAUUCCUGGUGUGAAGGGAAUUGGGAAAACCCGAGCACUGCAGCUGCUAAAAAAGUACGGUGACUUGGAGGGAGUGCUCACCAAAGGCACUAAGAAGCAAGGUGGGGUUGUUGGUGAUUUACUGAGGGCUGGUGUCGAGGGUGCCGAACUUUCACGGAAACUUGUAGAGCUGCGUGACUGUCCUAGUGUACUUAGGGUGUGUGAAUUCUUCCUGAAGCUAUAA